UCGGCGAGUAAUAUUUCAAGAACGAAUUUGACAUGCGCUACUACAUCUGAUAAAGUUAAAUGAAAUAACAAUGGCACACUCCGUAUACCGUAAGGUAGCAAGAAGCGCAUUCGGCACACAAUUCAUUCAAUUGCCGAAUGCUUUUAUGGUAUUUAAAGUUAUUGCGAUGGUAGCCACGGUCUCAGUAUGAAUUAAAAACGGAAAGCGAAUUAAAGCUAAAGCGGAUAGAUCGAGUCAGUUUUUCACUUCAUUAUUUUUUUUCUAUUCGAAGGUUUUUUCUAGUUUGGUUUAGUUUAUGUUUUCUUUGCGGUGAAUACUGGUCUCCGACAUUUCAUAGUAUUUUAAACAAUUAUUAGUUACUGUCCGUUGUAAUUUCCACACUUUCCGCAGUUUCAAAGAAAACUAGUUCAACAAUUUACAUGGGAAAAAAUUCAAAGUGAAAUAUAGUUAUUAUUUUAAAAGAAAUAAUUCAGUGCCGAGAAAAAUGCCAAAAAGUAAAAAAUGAAUUAUUCGUUGCUUGAUCUUUUCGGGGAUGAAUGUGCAAAUAAAAGUGCUUUUGCACACACGACAUAAAAGUAGAUGGAUUAUAUGCUUCAAAUAUCUAAGAUAUGUCAUCGUUUAAAUCGACAGAUAUACCGUAUUCUCGGUUAUGUCAGGAGGGAGAUGAAGACCACGAAUUUAUAAAUCUCGAGGAAUUAAACCCAUGCCAUUUGAAUGAGCUAGAAGUAUUAAAUCAACCAGGAGCAUAUGACAUUCAAAACCAUAGUCUAAUCCACGGAUCGCAAUCGGGACCCAACAAUACAAUAUCACACAAUUCAGCACAAAAGGAUUCACAAUAUCAUGGGCAUCAUUGUAAUCAGAUGAUGUAUCAAACAAUUCCACAGCAGACGCAGUACGAACAACAACUGCAAACUGAUGAAGCGAUCCUCAAUCAACCAUACUCAUCAUUAAAUCAAAGCCAUUAUCACUAUCCACGAAAUUAUGAACAAAAUACCGAUCCAGAACUCCAUCUCUACCAUACGCCAGUGUAUCCGCAACAGCAAAUGCAAAAUCAAUUCUACUAUCAUAUCAAUUCAUUGAAUAAUUUCAACGACAAUCUCAACAGUGAUUCUGCAUAUUACACAGUGCUGGGAAAUGGGACUCCCUACAGCCUACCAAACUCAAAUGAAGCACCACCAAGUGAAACGCACAGUGCACAAAGUGCGCUUCAAUCAAACACCAUACCCACCACUUAUGUCUCAAACCCACGAAAACGAAAGGCAUAUUCCACCACAGAUGCAAGUGAUUACGAGAGUGAUACGGAAGAUGAUGCGAAGCUGGCCAAAGCGAGUCAAAAUAAAAAGAAUCAUAGCGAAAUCGAGAAAAGACGCCGAAAUAAAAUGAACAAUUACAUUACGGAGCUGUCUACAUUGGUGCCGAUGUGCCAUUCCAUGUCCCGAAAAUUAGAUAAGCUGACAGUCCUGCGAAUGGCUGUUCAACACAUGAAAACGGUGCGAGGUUCGGUGCACUCAUACACGGAAGGCCUGUAUAAGCCUACGUUUCUCUCCGAUCACGAGCUUAAAAUGUUGAUAUUAAAGGCGGCCGAUGGAUUUAUGUUUGUUGUCGGUUGUGAUCGCGGUAAAAUUUUGUACAUGUCACAGUCGGUUUCACAGGUUUUAAACUAUUCACAGCAAGAUUUAUUGGGCCAAAGUUGGUUCGAUAUUAUUCAUCCAGAGGAUGUGGCAAAAAUUAAGGAGCAAUUAUCUUCAUCUGAUCUUAGUCCACGAGAAAAACUCAUUGAUGCAAGAACAAUGCUUCCGCUUAAAACUGAUGUUCUACAGGAUUUAUCUUUUUUGUGCCCAGGUGCUAGACGCGCAUUUUUCUGUCGUAUGAAAUGCAAAACAUCCGCAACGUCAAAAGAUAGUGUCAAUGUGUUCCCUAGAGAUAUCCGUUGCAAAAAGCAAACCAAUUCCGAUAAAAAGUAUAUUGUCAUUCAUUGCACGGGUCAUCUAAAAACAUGGACACAAUCAAAGAUUGGGCUGAAAGAGCGCGAGUCGUAUGGCGAAGGAUACUCAUGUAAUUUGAGCUGUUUGGUAGCAGCUGGAAGAGCUCCACUGAAUGUCUUGCAAACACCAAUAUUGCCAACGUCGACGGGCCAACCAAAAGAAGUUCGGAAAAACUUACAAUUUUUAUCAAGGCACACAAUUGAUGGAAAAUUUCUUUUCAUCGAUCAAAGAGCUACAUUGGUACUUGGAUUUCUACCGCAGGAAUUAUUGGGCACAAGCAUGUACGAAUAUUACAAAUAUGAGGAUAUACCAGCUUUAGCUGAAGCGCACAAGAACACUCUACAAUCAACGGAAAAAGUAGUUACAUCGGUGUAUCGAUUUCGCACCAAACGAAAUGACUUUGUUAGCUUGAGGAGCGUGUGGAAAACAUUCAAAAAUCCAUGGACUAAAGAGAUUGAAUCGAUGAUGGCGAAAAACUCCGUACUUUUUGAUGUGAUACCGGAAAAUGGCAGUUGUAGUGCAGUUUUAAGUUCGGAAACUAGUACCGCUGCAACUCAAAUUCCAGGAAACUUCAAUUUUUCUAAUCAAUCAACGAAUGGCCGCGAAAUGCAUCGGGUCAUUAAUACACACGUAGAAGCAAUCAAAAUUGGUCGGCAAAUUGCCGAGCAAGCAUUGGAUUCACAUCGGAAAAUAGAAGAGUCUGUUGUAGUCAGCGCCGAUUCUGAAAGCCGUAUACCGAAUUCAGUAAAUCCUUUUCCAGUUGCAACUGCAUUAUUUGAAGACACUGACAAUUCUACCUACGACCUAUCAAGUUCAACGUCGGCGCCCACUCGCAUCAAUGGCCUUACAUCUCGAGUCAAUGGAAGUUCUGCGUUGCCAAACACCAGCCCAAAUGAGAAUUCUGUCACCGAACUAGUUGGCCUGAUGUCAAAUUCAACACUGUCUGAAACAUCAAAUGGCGGUCGCAUAGGCAAUACAGAAGGCAACGAUGAAGCAGCCAUGGCUCUGAUAAUGAGUUUACUCGAAGCCGAUGCCGGUUUAGGUGGGCCAGUUGAUUAUACGGGAUUGCCGUGGCCACUACCAUAGACUUUAGUCACAGAAAUCGAUGAAUCCAUCAUUAAAUUUGUAUUAUAAAAAAAAA